GCCCUUGAAGAUCAGCAACCGCGCCGGAAAGAGUAGAUGUUUGACGCCCAGAAUGCGUGCUCCCUCCCACUUGAGACACUUCUCCUCUGUGCGCUCUUGACGCAACACUCCAGAGCGACCGACUGAGAGCCAUGCGAGGCUUCCAGCUGACACCACAGCGAGAAGAUGCUGCCGCUACAGCUUCUGUCCAUCCCUCUCAUUUGUCUUCUCUGGCCACAAGUUCAGUGCCUGGUGACAACAAGUGGACACUUCACGGUGGACGGGGACAUCCGCCACUUUGUCACCACACCUGACGCCAUUUAUGUUGCCACGGAGGAGAAACUGUACCAGCUGAGCCGCGACCUGAGUCCGGUCCACACGGUCAAGCAGACGGGCGUCUUCACGGGACAGAGUGACGCAGCUCAGUUUUCCAGAGUGGACGGUGAUUCAUGGAACGAGACCUUCAGCGUUAACGUGCUGCUGCCUUUUGUGGAGAACGGAACCCUCAUCAGCUGCGGCGUGACCGACAAAGUGUGCGGCUACUGCGAGCUGCUGGCCUUGGCCGACAUCUCCUCGGUGCUCCACAGGGAGCUCAUCCUGGUGGGGCCCUUCAUGCGCAGCAGCAGCGCCUCGGUGGCCCUCCUGGUGGCCAUCCCGAGGACCAAGCGGGACUUCUACAUCAUGACCGCCAUCCAGCAUCACAAAGGCGAGACGUCGUGCAACAGUUUAAGGGAGGAGGCCGUGUACCUCCACGACACCGACAACAAACAUGGCGCCGGCAUCUUCUCCAUCUCCGGUCAAGGCUCCAACUCUCUCUUUAGAAGCGCCGGCGACGUGGACUUUGUGGACGGAUUUCAGAUUGCUUCCGUCAUUUAUCUGUUUGCCAACGUGCGUUCCGGCAACGUCAACAGAGUUCGGCUCAUCUGGCUGGAGGCCCAGGAAAAGAAAACGGACACCAUGAAAUCGCUGCGCGGCGCAUCGCUACUCCUCCCCGGGAAGAAGGGCAGCAGACUGCUGGCCUCCUCGGUGGUCCCGUCCGAAGCGCCCCCCGCACUGUGGGCUGGCGUGUUCCACGUGGACGGAGAUCAGAGCGACACCUUGUUGCUUCUCUUUGACAUCACUCCCGAUCUCACGAUGCCAGCAAAUAAAGACCCGGAUUUCUGCACCGCCGUGAAAUGCGCCAACCAGAACUUUCAGGCCAAAGUGCUGCAGCCACUGAAGGUGCUCUUCAAGCAGACCUCCAUGACGUCUGUUCUGGCCUCGACACACGGUGCCUGGAUGGUCUUCUUUGUUGGGACUGCUGAUGGACAGCUCAUUAAGCUCAACGUGGACAAAAACCUUCGCGGCACUUGUCCAACGUUCCUUUACCGGACCGCCGACGACCGUAAAGUAUUUCCCGCCAUGCACCUGGAAGUGGACGGUAAACACGUGUACGCGGCUUUUAGUAACCAGGUGCAGCGCGUGUCCGUGUCCAAUUGCCACACCCGCAAAACGCUGGACGAAUGCUGGUCGGCGCAGGAUCCCGUCUGUGUCUGGUGUCGGGCCAAAAACAGUUGCACAUUCAAAAGUGAUUGCCGCGACUCCGACUGGUUGUCCUUCCCCGAUGAUUACCAGAAGAGGAAAAUUUCCUUCACUGUGACCCAGGAAAGCGGCGCUCAGAUCCGCUUGGACGUACGCACGCACGUGAGCACGGCCGAAAACACCAGCUCCAUCUUUGCCUGUCAGUUCUCCGCAAGUUCUGGCGAGCUCUGCACCCGGGGCGGCCCCUCACCCAUCUUCCCGCAGUGCACUUGCAUCUUCUCCAACGCCACGCUGCCUCCCAACCGAGGGUUGAGCGUGACGGUGAAAUUCCGACUGGGCUCGCUGAGAUUUCUGGAACGGAUAACGCUGAUGACGUGCCCCGACGUGAAGGGCUCGCCUCCCGCCGUUUUGUGCCGGAGAUGUUUUGAGCUCGGGUGCAGCUGGAGCAACGGCAGCUGUUCCUGGGCUACCGCAGGAGAAAUGAAUGACCAAGUUUGCCAAGCAAUCCAAUCGCCAGUGGACCUUCCGAAGCCGGAGAUCUCCUCCGUCAGCCCCAAUGUUGUGUCUUUCUACGGCCACAACCGGGCUGUUUUGUCGGGCCGCAACCUCGCCGGCGUGACCCGCGUGAGGAUCCACACCAACAUGGACUGCGUGCCACGAGAGUCUUUCGUGUGGAACAACACCGGCGUGUCUCUGAUGUUCCACAUUCCCGCCAGCCAAGGCAAAGGGACGGUCGGCCUGUGCGCCGUCCUCCCGGACGGCGGCUGCCAUGGCAACGGCACGCUCACCUACACGUCAUUGCCGUCCUGCACCUCUGUGACGCCGAACAGCACCUGGAGCAGUGGAAAGAGGAAGAUCUUGCUGGUGGGAUCCAACCUUGAAGUUGUGGACGGCGUCCUGCACAGUCACAGCCGACAGGAAGUCAGCCUUCCCACCGACAGAAGCUCCUGUAAUCUGACUUACUCGACACCCGCAGCUGAGGGCGCUGGGACUGGUUUGCCCAGCCGUUUGUCUCUCAAAGUCGCCAAUGAAACACUGGCCUGCCCGCGGUCCAUCAUCUACUAUCCCGACCCCCACUUUACAAGUUUCACCUCCACAAGGACCGGGGAGGAUGUUCGCGUCACCAUACAGAAAACGUCCGAUAAGCUGGAGAUGAGCAUAAAGGAUGUGACGGCCGUGGGGGUCCACGGGGGGAAAGACUACCCCUGCGUCAUGGAGGCCAAAGACACCGACAACCAGACGGACUUUUUCAUCUGCGAAAUUCAAAAUGUGCCUGAUGUGAAUUUCCGUCAGUUGAAGGUUUUAUACGGCGAUCAGACAGUCACGCUGCAGAACACGUCCCACCUUCUCACCCUCAUGCUGCUCGUCCUUUUCCUGAUACCUUUCAUCAUCCUCGUGGUGAUGAUGGUUUACCGGCGCCAGCAGAAGCAGUUGACGAUGAAGAUGAAUAAGCGCGUGGAAAACCUGGAACUUGACAUCAGGAAUGACAUCAGACAAGGUUUUGUAGACAUGCAGACGGAAAACGCCGACCUGAUGGAGAACGUCGGCGCUAUUCCUUUCCUGGACUACAAGCACUUUGCUUCCAGAAUCUUCUUCCCCGAGAACGAAGCUCUGAUGGCGUCGUGUAUGCGAGACGUCGGUCAGGUGGCCGUGAAGGUUCAUCUGGACAAGGCUUGCCAGGCCUUGUCCGAGCUCAUCCUGGACCAGCGCUUCCUCACGUGCAUGGUGCACGCCGUGGAGGAGCAAAAGACUUUCACCAUUAAAGACAAGUGCGCGUUGGCCUCUCUGUUGACAGUGGCGCUCCACAGCGACCUGUCCUACCUCACGGAGGUGAUGGAGGUCCUGCUGAAGGAUUUGAUGCAAAAGAACAGCGCCGCUCAGCCCAAAAUGAUGCUUCGCCGCACCGAGACGGUCGUGGAGAAACUUCUCACCAACUGGAUGUCCAUCUGCCUUUACGGCUUCUUGAGGGAGAGCGUCGGCCAGCACCUGUUCCUGCUGGUGAGCGCCCUCACGCAGCAGAUCGCCCGAGGACCUGUGGACUGCGUGACGGAGAAAGCUCUCUACACGCUCAGCGAGGACUGGCUGCUCUGGCAGGCGCAGGACUUCACCGCUCUGAGGCUGAAGGUGUUGUUUGCGGUGGGCAAUGACGGCGAGGUGAGCGAACCCCUGGAGGUGCUCGCCCUCAACUGCGAUACGGUGGAGCAGGUCAAGGGGAAAAUCCUCACCACCUUCAAGGCCAAGUUUGGCUUCCCUUACAACGGCCCGCACACGAGCGUUUCUAUCGAGUUUGAAAGGAACGGAAUCUUUGUCGCGCUUGACGAGGUGGACGCAAGCUCGGAAGUGAUCGGGGAGGUGACCAUGCUCAACACGCUCCAGCAUUACAAGGUUCCAGACGGAGCUACGAUCAAGGUGCUCUCAAGAAAAAAUCCUUCAGUGAGCCCGCAGAGUAGCCUGAAAGAUGAUCACGACUUCUCAGGCAAAUACUUCCACUUGAUUGACCCCGAUGUGGACCAGGACCGAGGGAAGGGUCCGGAGAGGAAGAAGUUAAAACUGAAGGAAGUGCACCUCACCAAACUGCUUUCCACCAAGGUGGCCGUGCAUUCAUUUGUCGAGAACUUGUUCAGGUCUAUUUGGGGGCUUCCUAACUGCAGAGCGCCACUAGCCGUCAAAUACUUUUUUGACUUCUUGGACAGUCAAGCAGAAAACAUGAAGAUCCCCGAUCCAGAUGUGCUGCACAUUUGGAAGACCAACAGUUUACCUCUGCGCUUCUGGGUGAACAUCCUGAAGAACCCCCAGUUCGUCUUCGACAUGGACAAAAGUCCCCACUUGGACGGCUGCUUGUCCGUCACGGCUCAGGCCUUCAUGGACUCCUUCUCCCUCAGCGACACGCAACUGGGCAAGCACGCGCCGACCAACAAGCUGCUGUACGCCAAAGACAUCCCCAAGUUUAAGCAGGAAGUGAAAGCCUACUACCGGCAGAUCCGAGAGCAGCCGCCCAUCACGCGCGCUGAGUUCUACAAUUUCCUGCAGGAGGAGUCAAAGAAACACGAGAAUGAGUUCAAUGAAGGAGCGGCCCUCAAGGAGCUCUACAAGACCAUCCAGCGAUACUUCGCAGAGAUCUUAGCCAAACUGGAAGAAGACGGGGUCUCCGGUGAGGCGAAGAAGCAACUCCAAAGGGUGAAGGACACGUUUGAUGAACUGAAGAGCUGUUCUUGGACCUCGAGCAACCAAAAAUCGGAUGGACAACACAAAUAAUUAUUUUCUACCUUCCCAUCUCCUGUGCUUAUUUGACCCCGCCCCUAAUCUCCCACCGCCCGGGGUAUUCGGUCCGAACCGUUGACCACAGGGGAGGAGGGUGGACCGUGCCGCCAACUCUGGGCCCCCAGUCCAACACACACACGCACACUUCCCAAAAUGGGCCGUGAGAACCAGGUCCGGCCCAAGAGGUGCUGGCACUGGUGUGAUGCAUGCACGCGGCAGAGAGAGAACAAUGAGGGCUUCUAAUCUUCGUUUGCCGUAGGAAACUUGAUGUUACGCCUGCAUGUGUCGUAUUAUCUUAUUGUUUGUGAAGUGAUUUCAUUUGCAAAGGGGAAAUAAAAAACGGUUUGUCAAGUGUCUUGGAA